AAAUAACACCUCCUCUUGUUCAGCACCCAAAGUCGAAGGAUAGCUCUGGCCUUUCAAUUGAAGAAAGUGCUAGAUUUGUCAGUGUUGUAUAAUAUAACCAAUUCUCAGUGACCAUAUUUGUUUUGGAGCGAACGGAAUUGUCUUCAUUUAAUGUGAGAGACAGAGUUGGCGUCAAACAUGCGUAAAAAUCAACGCUGUCCAAGCAGGGAACCACCGAGAAAGGAAUUAUCGCCGCUCUUCUGAGGCCAAUCUCGAUUAUUUUUGUCAAAUAAGGAAACAUAACACAGCUAGCUAGCUAACGUUAGCUCGUAGAUAGCUAGGUUACCGACAUAUCUUCACACAAAAGCAGAACCUAGCAGAUAAUCAAGAUUGGAUCUACAUUCGCAGCAGCAGGAAAACCUGUAGGCAGCAAUGGGUGCAUUCCUGGACAAGCCGAAGACGGAGAAGCAUAGUGCCCAUGGUGAGGGUAAUGGACUGCGCUAUGGCCUGAGCUCCAUGCAGGGCUGGCGGGUGGAGAUGGAGGACGCCCACACAGCUGUGGUGGGCUUACCCCAUGGACUCGCUGACUGGUCCUUCUUUGCUGUCUACGAUGGCCAUGCAGGCUCCCGGGUGGCCAACUACUGCUCCGGCCACUUGCUGGAGCACAUCUUAUCAGGAGGGGCAGACUUCAGUUCAGGGCCUAGCUCCGUGGAGGGAGUGAAAGAUGGCAUCCGCUCGGGCUUCCUGAACAUUGACGAGUACAUGCGCAGCUUCUCCGACCUGCGGCAGGGCCUGGAUCGCAGUGGAUCAACAGCCGUGUGCGUGUUGCUCAGCCCAACCCACCUCUACUUCAUUAACUGCGGCGACUCGCGGGCCGUGCUGAGUCGAGACAGCAAGGUGGGCUUCUCUACCCAGGACCACAAGCCCUGCAACCCCCGUGAAAAGGAGCGCAUCCAGAACGCUGGCGGCUCAGUCAUGAUCCAGAGGGUAAAUGGCUCCCUGGCUGUGUCCCGGGCCCUGGGGGACUAUGACUACAAAUGUGUGGAUGGUAAGGGCCCCACGGAGCAGCUGGUGAGCCCCGAGCCCGAGGUGUGUGUGUUGGAGCGGGCAGCCGAAGGUGACGAGUUUGUGGUGCUGGCAUGUGAUGGAAUCUGGGAUGUCAUGUCCAACGAGGAGCUUUGUGACUUUGUCCGCUCGCGACUCCAGGUGUGUGAUGACUUGGAGAAGGUCUGUAACUCAGUGGUCGACACCUGUCUGCAUAAGGGGAGCAGGGACAACAUGAGUGUGGUGUUGGUGUGUUUCCCUGGAGCUCCCAAGAUCUCAGAGGAGGCUGUGAAGAAAGAAGAGGAAUUGGAUAAAUACCUGGAGACCCGUGUUGAGGAGUUACUGGGAAACUGUGAGGAGGGUGGAGUCAUGGACCUGGUAUCUGUCCUGAGGAGCAUUGCCACAGAGAACAUCCCUAACCUUCCACCUGGAGGAGGCCUGGCCAGCAAACGGAGUGUGAUCGAGGCGGUGUACAACAGGCUGAACCCUCACAGAGAAGAGGACGGGGCCUGUGCGGGGGGAGAGGAGGAGAGUGAGGAGGGAGGUGGCAGCACGGCGGCUCAUCUGCUAGAGGCUCUGCGGCAGUUCCGCCUGCACCACCGGGGGCAGUACCGCUCGGUGCUGGAAGAGUCCCUGGCUGCCUACCACCUGCGGGGGGAGAGCACUACCGAGGGAGCAGGGGAGGGCGCGAGGACCUACGACACCGACCAACAGGAACAGCCCGCCUCCCCUCCCUCUCCCCCCUCACCCCCGCCCUCACCUGCCACUGCAGAGCCGGAGGCCAGCCAAGAUGCGCCUGCCCCUGGGUCCGAUCCCUCCUCUGAAUGAGCACCCGCCUGCAUAACCAACCCCACCCACUCAACCCCAGAGCUGUAGUUAGAUGUGCUAUGACCUCCUGUUUCUAUCACAGAACUUGAUUGGACACAUUGGCCACUUUUCUGUCAGUAGUCUGCCAUUGCUAUUCGUGGAUAUUUUAAUAAAGAAAGUAAAAUUGGCCCAUCUGUCUAUUCAAGUUCUGACUCCGAGGCCACAUAUAUAUACAUAUAUUUCUUCCAUCUAAUGAGGACUUUUUUUGUGUGUGUCUCUGCCCUGUCCUCUGACCUUGCCAGCCUCUUUUACAGCUUGAUCACACAGACUGAAGUUUACAAUAGAAAAUAAUCAAUGACAAAUUACUAUUACAUGCAAAAGUGGCUGGUGAAGUAAAAAUUAACCUCCAUUUAUUACUUUUGGCUUCUGGCUGAUACCCUCCCUCCCCAGCCUCACCCUCCCAGCUUAACCCCACUCCUGCUUACAGUGGAUGAACUGACAACGAGGAGGAGAGGAGACUCUCUGAACUGCAUGUGUGUUCAACACACUGCACCAUCUCCAAGCCAACUCCUUCUACAGACUCAGAACAUACUGUUUUGCGUAUGUGUGUGUGAGUGAGUGUGAGAGUGUGUCUGCAUGGGCAAGAGAUCAACCAUCACUACUGAAGUUUGUGUUUUUUUGGCAGUGGGUGAUACUGCACUGUUAUCCCAUUUAUCAGCAUGUUUUUAGUGAUGCUGGGUUGUUCAAAGUGUUCUGGGUACUGACAAACUGGGCAGUUUAACACAGAGGCGAGUGGGUGGGUGAUAUUUAUAGUAUGAGCAUCAUUUCAUUAAAAUCAUUACCUCACCAUAUAUACCUAAAUGCCACACCAACACGUUUGUUAGCACACUGCAUAGGUCACCCACAAAGAGAUUAAAAGUUGUUCUUGGUUGUUGUUAUUAAGGUGGUUGUAAAUGUGUCAUUACACAGUGUCAGCACACUGGAACCAGGUGACCAAAAGGGCCAGAAAAUUAAGAGAGACUAGAAAUCUAUAGUAGUAAUCACAGUAGUGACCCUGUAAUGCUCAUUACAUUCCGGAAAACAAAAAUUAAACCUUCACUAGGGGGGGAAAUUGGGUCACCAGACAAAGAGGUCAUAGAAGAACCACAAGUAAAAGUGUUUUCCUAUUUCUUCUUAGACCUGCAGUAUUUUGUUCUGCAUUGCACUACAGUGUUUGACAUGGCUCAACUUUUGUCUGUCAGUGUUAGCCGUAAACUGCCAUUAGCAUCUCAAAUCACAGCUGCUGUUGACAUAGCCUGGACUAUCAGGGCUAUCUCAUCAACCGCAUGGAGGACCACCGUGGGUGGUGCCAUAGCAAAGCUCAGGGAGGUGGCUGUGCGCUGUAGUUCAAUGGGUUUAAUUGCGUAGUGGCGAUUAACAAUACGAACAUUUGCCAAAACAACCAGAUAGCCUUUUCUCUUGUGAAAUCAAAAAUACUGUUUUCAACUAAAGCUUGUGUCACUUGUGGGUGAGAUUUUUGCUUUUAUCAGAAGAGGGUUAUUUAAACGGUAUGUUUUGGCUUUAUAUGAGAAAAGGAACUGCUUAGCCUGGCCAGUGUAUGGAUGUUAAUGUGCAGUGUCCAGCUGCUUCCCUGGCUUUUCUGUGGAACCAUUCAGGAGGGCAUCCCAAACAGAGUUACUGUUGGUUUAUUAACUUGCUGAUGAUUGUGUGUUGAAAUACCUUCAUGCGUGUUAACAGCUAUUGGACUUCAAAUGCCAUUGAGACAUGUUAGCAUGAUAACGUUAGCUGUUUUGAGCUGAAUGCUAAUUUCAUUGUUGGUAACAUGCUAUCAUUAGCAUUCAGCUCAAAGCAUCCUUGUUUGCGUGCAUUCAGUGUGAAGUGUUUAUAAUGUUAGUUCGUUAAUAUCACAAUGUUUAUUACGUUAACAUGCUAGCAUGAUAUGUUUUCUUUCAUGUGAAAGAUGGCUGUGGCUCGCAGGUGUCAUUAUGUCAUUAGUUUUAAGCGUUUUUUGUCAAGUGCUCAAUAAGCAGUUUACAACCUGAUGAUGGCGCAAGAUGGAGGAUUGGUAUCACAAAUGUUCCCUCAAAAAAUAUCAAUCCAUCCAGUAGCCAUUAAACUAUUUGAAUAUGGUAUUAACUUUGGCAGAAUAUGUCUCACUUUUUAAAAAUUGACAGAAUAUUUAAUUAUUCAGAGGUUAUGACGGUGUGUUCAAAACGGCUCAGUCUGAAACUCUUACCUCAUUAUGUGAGUUUGAUUCGGACAGACUGAACCUGCAGUUAUUAUUAUUCUUCUUUAAAAGCAGGUAGAGCGAGGUUAUUGUAAGUCUGUAUAAUUCCCAGUACCCAGUGAUUCUGGUAAUGCAUGCAUUGCACUUAUCUUCUUCAAUAUAAAGCACUUAACUAUCAGAGGGGAGGUUAUGCUAAACACUGUGUGUGUGUGUGUAUGUAUGUAUGUGUGUUUGUGUAUGUAUGAGUUGUAUUUGUAUGAGAUUACGUCGGGCUAAAUCGGUCCCGCACAGUACAAAUGGCAAAUGAACAAAUAAAAAUGAUUUGAGGUAUAAUGCUA